AUGAACCAGCAACCACUCUACACCGGGCCCCGACAGCAGCCCCAAGUCACCAAUGGCAGCCGAGAGGGCUCUUUCGGCAGACACGAUGCCAGGCAGCCAGCACCGCUGGAAAACAACCAAUCCCUCGCCGCGCGUUUCGAAGAUGAGAAGAGGCGCAUCAUCGAGAGCUGUUUCCACAAGCGGGACCCUGAUGGAAUGCAGCUCGAAUCCUAUAUCACCCAUGUCAAAGUCACCGAAGAUGCCUCUUACCCGUCGUCGCCUCCUCCUCCGGAGUCUCCUCCAGUCAACAAGAAACCCAGAGUCAUUCUUGUCGCAGUUCGAAGGUCGGGCAAGGUUAGAGUCCAUAAAGCCCGCGAAAACCCGAACGGCACCUUCUCGAUUGGCAAGACAUGGAGUCUCGACGAACUGAUCGCCAUUACUUCAUACUCGGGGAUGGUUCCGGCGACGCCGCAGCAACAGACGGAGAAACAAUGGGCGUCCAACACCGGGUUCAUAGUCACGUUGGGGAAGCCAUAUUUCUGGUCUGCAGACACCGCUAAAGAGAAGGAUUUCUUCAUUGCAAGCCUCAUCAAGAUAUAUCGGAAAUACACAGGUGGAAGGAUACCGGAGCUCAUCGGCUUCGGACCGCAUGAGGUCGCACAGCUUACUGGCAGUCAGUCGUCUCACAGCACUCAAAAUCAACAUACUGCCUUAUCACCGAUUAUUCCGUCUGAUCGGGGGCAUCAUCCCCCUCCUCCGCCGGCUAUUCCAGCGCUGAGUGCCAACCGGCCACAGUCUCCAUACAGUACAGGCCAAGCACCUCCCAGCAGGGACGGCAGCGCCAUCGAUCCACACGAGAGAGAACGUGGUCUCCGCCCUCAGGGUUAUAAUACGGCCUCAACCGAUGGCCCGCCGGUUCGAAAUGAAAAUCGUCCCCCGGGAAGGCCAGAUCGCGAUCAACGUGUACCUGAACCGCCUCGUGCUCAGCCUUAUGGCACCACACAUUUCCGGCGAGACGAUGGUCGAAUGCCGUCCCUCUCUGACAGUCUGCAUCCGAAUAGCUCAAGACCAUCUAUCAGUCCUAAGACUUCGCAGACGUCUCUUCAGCGCUCCGAGGCAUCUCUCGAACCAGCACCUCUUAGACCUAAUGGCCUUGGAACUGCAAAGCUCUCCGGUCCCGACUAUCUAGGGAAAAGGCUGGUACCAACACCAGGCCAGGAAGCAGCACGCAACGCUGGUGAGAACGAGUCCUUCAACAAUAGGAGGCCAAGUCCUGCUGUCAACGAUCGUAAGGCUCCAGAGCCCGUUCCCAGCAUUCCAGCACAGGAUUCCCAGCCGUCACCCGAACGUAAAAAGCCGCCUCCAACAGUAGCAGAUCCCCAACCCGACCACCCCGGGCCCCCAAGUCCGGACAACAGUGCAUUUGUGACUCCAUUAGGGACACCCAGUGGUCUCCAGGAGGAAGAGCAGCCCAAAAAGGACGCCGGGUACUUUUCCAGUCAGAAAUCCCAACCAGACUCCGAACCUAAUAGCGCUGCGUUACCCAAGAACGCAAUCAGUGAGCCCGUUGCAUCAGAAUCUACGCACCACAAGAUAACCAACGAAGCAAUAACAGCAGAGCCAACCGAAGUAGCAGUGCCUCCCAAGGUCGAGGAAGAACAUCGACCGGGUUUGGGUCCCAUGAUCAAGAAAAAAUCGGAAAAGGAUAUUGCCAACCGAUUCCGGAGAGCCGCACUUGCCGCAACAGCGUUCCAACCUCGUCAAGGUGGCGCAGCUGCUCGGUUGAAAGCAAUGCAAGAACGGCAGUCAAAUGAGCCCGAUGGCAUUACGAGCGUGGUUCCGGCGCCCUUAUUGAGAGGUAUGAGCACUGAUAGCACAAGGAGCGGGACUCCCGAUCUACCAAACCCAAGCAACGAGAAGAGUCAAGCUGUUCCCAAACCUGCGCAGAGUGAACCAGUCCCGAAAAUCCAACUCGAGCGGGCUGCGACCUCAGAUACCGGGGCACUUGCUGUGACACCUGCUGCUGUGAAGUCCGCUGAUGUGACGCCCGCCGCUGCGACACCCUCAACCGUACCUACGCCGGCCAAGCCAGAUGCGUCUAGGCAGGAAAGAGCAGAAUCUCCAGACAAAGCACGGUCGCGUUCUCCUCAGAGGAGGCGGCGGCAAAAGUUGGAGGCAGAAGUGGAAAAGCAUUGCGCGAUUCUGGGGAUCGAUCCACGUAUCCUGGACGGCCGUGGGGCUGAUUUCAAUGAACUCCUCACCGAGUUUGGAUGGGAGGGAAGGCUUCCGAGCCAGCAGAAGGUGGAAGAUUUUGAGACAGACAUUCGCCGGGAAAUUGGACGUGCCCAAGCAAGUGGGUGGCUGGGUCACCUUGAGCAGCAAGAAAGCAAGGUGCAAGAACUUGCGAUGGCCUUUGACAACGCCAUUGCAGAAUGUGAAGAGCUUGACGGCCUACUAACUCUCUACGCUCACGAAUUGGAUACCCUGCAUGACGACAUUGAAUACAUCGAGGCCCAGGGUCAAGGGUUACAGGUGCAGACGGCAAAUCAGAAGUUGCUUCAUUCGGAGCUACAGAACUUGCUGAAAACAUUGACGAUAUCGUCGGGAGACCUGCGACCUCUCCACGCUGCAUCUAUCGAUAGCCUGGAUGGGGUGCAGGCCAUCGAAAGGUCACUGUCGCUGCUCUACGGGGCAAUGCUAACCAUCGAUCCUGACAUUCGUCACAAUAAAGCCCGUCAAGAGGCGGCUUCGGCAGGCGGAACAGUGGUUCCGGUUUACGCCGACAAGACCAUCGCCCAAAUGCGGGCAGUGCAACAGAGGAAAGACGAGUACAAACACGAGAGCGCGAUAUUUAUCAACAGGUUUAACCAACAUAUGAAAGCAAUGUUUCAGAUGGCCGAGCAACGGACCAGUGAGGAAAAUACCGGUAGCAUAUCGUCGGGAACAACCAUCACCCUUAAUCUCCGGGCCGUCACCGUCUCACGCCAGGAUCUUUGGGUUUACCAUGUUUUGAUGCUUUUCGUGCGAGAAGUCAACCCGUACGAAUGGCAGACCUUGAUCAAGAACUACGAGAUUACCGUCAAAACCAUUUUUCAAGAGCAGUUCCGCGACUUCAGCAUGAAUCUUAGAAGGACGGCCAGAAAGGCGACGGGGGAGGAACAAGAGAUCCUAUUCACACAUCAAGAAAAGGAGAAGGUGGAAGAGUCACUGACUUCGGCAGCCCGCAAACUCACCGUGAGACGGGCUAAAACGUCGAAAACUAGCACCCUGAGACAGUCGAUGGGCGACAAGCGGGAGGGCAAGCCAGAGGCGUGGGUGGUGUUCGAUAAAGCCCUCGAGCAGCAAGCAACAGCCAUCUCGGAGGAGCAAAACUUUAUUGUGCACUUCUUCCACAUCGAGUCCCAGUCCAGCGCGGAUUUUGCCGAGGUGGUCCAAUCUCAACCGCCUGCACAACGCAAGGUGCCCGAUUUGCAGGUCAAGCAGUCUCACGAGCCGGACCGAGGAAUGGCCAAGAUUGUCCAGGAAAGCACCGAGGGAAUCUACGGCUUCUGGGUUAAGGACCUUCAAUCGCUGGUGGACUGGGUGCUCCGGACGGACCAGUUGCAGGGGGUCGGCAUCUUGGUGUCUCUCGAGCAGUGCCUGGCCAGAUACGAAGAGACCAAUCAAGAGUUCAUCACCCGGACGGUGAGGGUGGUGCAUGAGCGCGUGAUCGGUCUUUUCCACAAGUUCGUCGAAGAGCAGGUCAAGGCCAUUGAGGAAACCAAGGUCAAGGUGAAGAAAAGGAAGGGGCUCAUAUCAUUCAUGCGAGUCUUCCCCGACUUCAGCGCGGCUGUGGAGGAGAUGGUGCCUCAGCAGGAGUUUGCUCAUCAAGACUCGCUGGAGGUGCGCUUUGUCGUCAAUGACGCGUACACCAAGCUUCUCAAAGCCAUGUGGGAUUCGCUGAGUUUCAUCGCCAAAGACAACCCUGCAAGCUCGAGCGGCGCGGUGCAUUCGGCCACCCCGGCCAACGGAGACCCCGAGGACAAAGAAGCGCUGAACUACCAUAUCCUACUGAUUGAAAACAUGAAUUACUUUGCGGAAGAGGUCAAGACUCAGCACAAUGUCGUUCUGGAGGAGUGGUCUGAGCGAGCCUCUCGCGACCAGUUGAUGCAUCUGGCACAGUAUACCGACGCGGUGAUCCGACGGCCGCUGGGUAAAUGGCUCGAUUUCCUAGAGAGUACGGAAGCGUUGAUGAAAUCCACCGACUCGUAUGCGGCCAUUGCCAACCGACCUAGCCAUUCUCGAAGUUCGGCCAAGAAGAUGCUCGCGACGUACGACUCGAAGGAAGUCAGAAAGGGCAUUGAGACACUGAAGAGACGGAUCGAGAAGCAUUUCACCGACGCGGACGAUCCGAGCAGUUCGAGCAGCAAGGCUUUGAUCGGCAGGGUUUUUGACGAGUGUUCGACACGGUACACGCAUGCAUACGAUCGCAUGAAGCUGGUGAUUGAUCGAGUGUAUGAUUCGAAUCUGGAGAUUGAUUGGCGCAAGGAGGAUGCUGCAGCCAUGUUUAGGAGAUGA